AUGCACUCCGGCAAGUUAAUAUACGAAUUACGAUGCAUGCAGGGAUCCGUUGUCGAGAUACUGCAAGUACUGGGGAUCGACUCCGUCAUCAAAGGAAGAGUGCUCUCCGCCUCCCCGAGCCCUAGUCUCUGUCACCACAAUUUCUGCCAGAUUGGAGCCUUCAUUUGCAGCCACGUCCCACAAGCAAGUUCCACUGCGGUACCAGUCUAG